CGUGGACCGAGAUGGUUCGUGCGGUGUUCGUGCAGUAGUUUAACUGCCUUUUCGAUGGUGAAUAAUAUGAAAGAGGCUAGACUCUUGCGUUUAAUUUGCCCGUGUAGCGAAUCGGGGUAUCAAUAGUGAGUGGUGUGAGCUCUCUGAAUGAGCUGAGUGAAAAUUUUUGAAAAUAAGGAAUUGAUUAGCUUUUUCAUAGUUUGGAUUAUUCUGACCAAAGUGAAAUAAAAGCGAAAGGCUUUAUAAGUUAUUGUCCAAUUCCUGUUUCGACAAUCUUCAAUUUUUGUGAUGGCAUCGACAUCUACGCCAUCAACUACAGUUGUUUUUGAAAACGGCACAAUGCUGGGCUCAAUGAGUGAGCACUCUAAUGCAAAGUUGCAGUUCCUGGGCAAUCAGUCACACUUUGUUGUACCGGAAAUAGUAAUCAGCUACAGUCAGAGCAGCAAUAGCGUCUAUAACAAUCGAGCUACAACAUCUUUGUCGAGCUCCAGCGCACUUAACAGCGUUAGUCCAACCAUUAACGGGAACGAAUCGUCUGAGGAGCAUACGUCGCUUCUGGAAACCCUACAAAGAGAACGAGAGGAAGAGUCUGAAUUUGAACAAUUCGUAUUGAACCGUACCACUUCAGAGAGCAACAUACUAGAGUCCAGCACCUGCAGUGAAUUGCAGAUCCCAACUUCGCUGUGCGUUCCAGCAGCAUCCUUAUCGCUCCAAACUCGGGCUCUGGACAUGCUUAACACGAGCGCCUGUUCGCGGUCCGACUCAGAGCCCAGGCAAGGCAAGCGCAUGCGGCUAAGGGCGGACAAGGCCAAGAUCAAGUGCUCCACUAACGCACUCGGCUCUCCCACGCCCACAGUGCCGUCUGUGGCAGAAGGAUAUCCUCCACAAUACACAGCAAUUUUUCUGGACCGCCACCAUGGAAACAGUGCCGUCCCAGCGAACCCACAGUUGACGGGCCCAGUAAUUUCAUCGCCGUUUUUAACUGGCAAUCCGGUGCAAGGGACAGGAUCCGACGCGGCCAACUUUUUAGAAUACCAUCAAUAUCAUCAAUGUCAGCAGCGCCCGGGAAUGGGUAAUGUGGCACUCGGCCAUCUACAUCAGCAUCAUCAGCUGCAUCACCCGCGAAGAAGUCUCUUUGAAGUGGCUGUACCGCUGGCCGGUAGCAGUGUGGAAGCCAGCAACAAUUUGGGCAGUACAAACAUCAACAUGUCUAGAGCAGCUGUAUCCUCGGGAAAUCUGGCUGUGAGCUGUUUUCGAAAGUGGUUCGCACGUCCUUCGCUGCCUUUCGUAAUAGGGAUAUUUGCACUUGGUGGCGUGGCAUGCACGCUUGGCGGCAUAGUGCUUGGCAGCACGGGCCUGAUAGAGCAUUCGACACAGUAUCUAAGUGCUGCUCUCUUAAUGAUCGGCAUUGGGGUCUCGCUGUUGGUGAUAUCGGGCGCCAUUUGGCGUCUGAGCCUUCCCGAUGACGUUGAUGACUGUCCCUGCUUUCGACGAAUGGAAACCUGUCGCAACUGCAACAGCCCACACUGCAACAACCGCCUUCUUCCCGGAAGCUAUUUGUAUCCAGAGUUCCAGCAUCGGCAACCGCCGCCUUCAUAUCUAACAUCGCUAAACGAGUACGCAUUCAUCUAUCAUCCCAGUGCGCAUCCGGCGGCGGCAGCAGCCGCAGCAGCUUAUGCUACAUUAGGAUUGAACACUCCUCCGCCGCUAUAUCGUUCGACCUACUCCCUCAACACUUCGGCAUCGAUGGGUACGUCAACAGUAUUACAGUUGCCGCGAACGAGCGAGCACCCAUCUGAGGAUCAUCACCCGGUUUUGCUCAUUCGAGAGGCUACCAGUCAGACAUCCUUCAAAGAGGUAGAGAUCGAGGACAUGCGUGAGGCUGGACCUCUAAUGCGUGGGAGAGAAAUGCAAACGCUUUAUAAGGAAGCUGAGCUUGACUAGGGGGUGCGUGCUCCCGAGACCAAAUGCGUUUCAGGAAUUAUUCAAUGAUCUUCUGAUUUGACUGACUGAUUUUCAACAUACAUGCAUAAAUCCUUGUUCAUUUUUACAUACAUAUGUACAUUCAUGCUACUAUAUGUAAGAGUCAACGGAAUCUUUCAAGAACAUUUCUGAUAUUGUACAAAUGUUGUAAAAAACACGUUCAUAUUUUUGUCCAUACAACUAAUUACAUAAUCUUUAUUCUCGAAACUCUAAUUUUAAGCAGCGUGAAAGCCAAUGAAUAAGGUAUAAGUACAUCUUUAUAUUUUUUCUUGUGGUUCGUUGAUAAUAUCAAAUGAUAUAAUGCCAAAUUCAAAUCUUAAUAAACAUAUGAAUAUUAAGCAGU